AUGCCGGCGACGACAUCGACCAGUUCUAAAAAGGCCCCCGCGCUAAAGACGUUUCAAGCUAAAUUGAAGUCGUUUCUAACCAUGUUUAAGGAUAUCGGUGAGUUUGCACAAGCGUUCAGUGUUGAAACUACUGCUAGCCAGGUGACGGUGCGACUUGAGAAGCUAGAAGAGUUGUGGGAGAAGGUGAAUGACGUCAUCUUGGAAAUCGAAAUUCACGAAGACUAUACGGCAGAGGAUGAAGCUUAUAUACAGCAGCGGUCGGAGUUUGGCAACAAGUACUAUGCGGUAAAAUCGGCACUUUUGGACAAGGUUAAGGAAUUGGAGGAACAUCCGGCCAUGAAUACUUCUCUUCGCGCCAAUGAUACGACGCAGCAACCUACCGUUGAGCACGUUCGUCUCCCACAAAUCAAACUUCAAACGUUUGAUGGAAAUAUUGAUGAGUGGUUGAGUUUUCGAGAUCUUUACACUUCGUUGAUUCACUGGAAGGCCGAUCUACCCGAUGUUGAGAAGUUCCACUACCUAAAGGGAUGUUUGGCUGGUGAGGCAAAAGCGUUGAUAGACCCACUAUCUAUUACACGGGCAAAUUACCAAAUUGCCUGGGAUACGCUUACAAAACGAUAUAAUGAUAGCAAGUUUCUGAAACGAAGGCAGGUGCAAGCACUUUUCAAGCUACCUUCGUUAACGAGAGAAUCUUCCGCUGAGUUGCAAGCCUUGUUGGAAGGCUUUGAACGGGUUGUUCAGACACUGGAUCAGCUUAUACAACCAGUAGAUUACAAGGAUUUGCUAUUGUUGGACAUUCUAUCCACACGAUUAGAUAACACAACAAGACGUGCCUGGGAAGAAUAUUCUUCGACGAAGGAAAAUGACACAGUGAAAGAUUUGACCGAGUUUCUACAAAGGAGGGUACGAGUUCUUGGAUCAUUACACACGAAGCCUACGGAAGCCAAGCCAGAGUUUUCACGAAAAUUUAGGAAGGGUUUUACUCCAGCGCGUCAUAGUCAUAAUGUUGUUCAAAACACAACGGGAAAUUGCGUGGCGUGCACAGAGUCGCAUCCGUUGUAUUUAUGUUCAGCGUUUCAGCGGCUUACGGUGUCUGCCCGGGAUAAACUACUUCGGACGCAUUCUCUUUGUAGGAAUUGCUUUAAAAAGGGGCACAGGGCUUCGGAUUGUCCAUCAAAAUACGUUUGCCGCAUCUGUAAGGAAAAGCAUCACACGUUGGUAUGCUUCAGAGCUGAAAGCAACCAUGCUGCUGAGGAAAGGAUUAGCAAGGACAGUGGUGUAACCAAAGAGGUGUCAUCGCAGGCUGCUAGUACAUCGGGUACUCAAGUGUCUGCAAAUGUAUCUGGUCAUAAAAUAUCAUCAGUGCUGCUGGCUACAGCGGUCGUAUUGGUGGAAGACGACCAAGGCUUUCGUUUUCCAGCGAGAGCUUUACUAGAUUCCGGCUCCGAAUGCAACUUUAUGACAGUAGGAUUGGCUCAAAAAAUGAAACUUAAACGUCAAAGGUCUGACGUGGCAGUAUGCGGAAUUGGUGACUCGAGUACAAGGGUAAAACAAACAGCAAACACCACCAUCAAGUCUCGAGUAACAGACUUCACGCGUAGAAUGGAAUUUCUACUGUUGCCUAAAGUGACGGCCAAUCUCCCCAUAACAAAUGUGAAUUUGGCUGGAUGGCAAAUUCCGACUGGUGUCGAACUAGCGGAUCCAGCAUUUUUCGUAUCUAAGGCAGUAGACUUGGUGCUAGGCAUACAGCAUUUCUUUUCAUUUUUUAACACUGGAAAUGAGGUUCGGCUGGGAGAAAAUCUACCGAUGCUGACGGAGUCAGUCUUUGGAUGGGUAGUUUCCGGUGCGGUGGAUAAUUUCCAACAUAAUUCGGUUACUUCCUGCAAUAUGGCGGUCGGUCUGGAAGAAUUAUUAAGUCGGUUUUGGUCUUGUGAGGAGAUUGGUCCUCCCACAAAUUAUUCUCCGGAAGAGUUACGCUGCGAGGAGCAGUUUGCUCAAACUGUGAAACGAGGUUCCGAUGGUCGGUACACAGUUUCCCUACCCAAGGUUGAAGGCGCAUUGGCAAAGAUUGGCGAGUCAAGGGACAUCGCAUUUCGGCGACUGCAAGGAUUAGAACGUAGGUUACUGAAGAACGUAGAGCUGCGGCAGCAGUACGAUCAGUUUAUGGAGGAAUACCUACAACUGGGACAUAUGCGUAAGGUGGAAACGCGUUCCCUAGAGCAAGGAACUCGCUGCUAUUUACCACAUCAUCCGGUGGUUAAGCAAGAGAGUACUACUACUAAGGUCAGGGUAGUAUUUGACGCGUCUUGUAAAACGGCAACCGGAGUGUCGCUAAACGAUAUAUUACUGACGGGGCCAGUAGUACAGGAGGAUCUCCGAUCGAUUAUUUUGCGUAGUCGAACGAAGCAAAUCAUGUUAGUUUCUGAUGUCGAGAAAAUGUUUAGGCAAAUUGAAAUUAACGCAGCGGAUAGGCCGCUUCAAAGCAUCUUGUGGCGAACAGAUAGCAGCAAAAAUGCCGAAACAUAUGAGCUAACCACGGUGACGUACGGAACCAGGCCCGCACCGUUUCUAGCAACCAGGACUCUCAAACAACUCGCUAUGGAUGAGCGAACACAUUUUCCUCUCGCAGCAAGGGCUGUGGAUCAAGGUGUGUAUAUGGACGACGUUUUGACUGGGGUCGAUGAUGAGGAAACAGCAUUAAUGUUAAGAAUGCAGUUAGAGGAAAUGCUGCAGAAGGGCGGCUUUCGAUUGAGGAAGUGGGCGUCAAAUUGUCCCUCAGCCUUGCAAGGCAUGUCAGAGGACAAUUUAGCAGUGGUAAGGACCGAGGGAUACCAACUGGAUUCAGAUCCAGCAGUAAGAACGUUGGGACUCAUCUGGCAUCCAAACACGGACGUAUUUAAAUUCCGUUUCAAGGUACCAGAUUUAACUGAGGGCGAAACACUAACGAAACGCAGAAUUCUAUCGAUCAUCGCUACACUUUUUGAUCCGCUGGGCUUGAUUGGAGCGGUGAUAACAACUGCUAAGGUGUUUAUGCAGUUGCUGUGGUGCUUGAAGGAUGAAAAGGAUAACCGAUUGGGGUGGGAUCAGCCCCUACCAGUGAAGGUUCAAGGUGAUUGGAGAUAUUUUCACGGUCAGCUACUAUUGUUGAACGAGCUGGUGAUAAGUCGUUGUGUGAUUCGACCGAAAGCAGUCUCUGUGGAGCUGCACGUGUUUUCAGACGCGUCCGAGCGUGCGUAUGGAGCGUGUGCGUAUGUCAGAAGCAUUGAUACAGGAGGAAAUGUUUCAGUCGCACUACUCACUUCCAAAUCUAAGGUGGCACCGCUGCAAUGCCAAUCCAUACCAAGGUUGGAAUUAUGCGGAGCACGCAUGGCGGCAGAACUAUCGAAACAAGUGGUUGAGGCUCUGAAAAUGGACAUGGAAAUGACCUUUUGGACGGAUUCCACCUGCGUCCUCAGAUGGAUCAAGGGUGCGCCGUCAACAUGGACAACCUUUGUAGCUAAUAGGGUAGCAAAAAUCCAAGUGCUUACCGAAAAUAAGAUAUGGCGGCAUGUUCCGGGAUUAGAGAAUCCUGCCGAUCUUACCUCACGGGGAAUUAACCCGAAUCAAAUUCAGAACAACGUUCUUUGGUGGGAAGGCCCGGCGUGGCUCGAAACAGAAAGGGAAUUCUGGCCAGAGCAGCCAGCCGAGUCUAUUACAGAGGAUGUAACCCGAGAAGCUCGUCGUUCGGUUCUGCAUUGCACAAGCCAGCAGGAAGCAUUUAGCUCUUGGUACGUACGGAAAUUUUCGACGUUCACAGCGCUUUUGAGGUGUACUGCACACUUUUGUAGACGUCUGGAUCGUUCCAAAGGAGUGGAGCGAAAUGAGCGGAGUGGCUUCUUAAAGGCAUCGGAGCUGAAAUUGGCAGAGCAGAUGUUGAUUCGUUGCGUGCAGAGAGAGGUAUUUGUGAACGAGUGGAAGGCACUCUCGAACAAUUCAGUUGUACAACGGAACUCACCGUUACGCUGGUUUAACCCGGUAAUGUCAGAGGAGAAAUUAAUUAGAGUUGGAGGACGACUAGCCAAUUCACUUAGUAACGAGGAAACUAAGCACCCCGUCGUGCUCCCAGCAAAGCAUCCAUUCACAAGGCUUCUUCUUGAGCAUUACCACCAUAAGUUACUACACGCAGGUCCGCAAUUACUGCUUGGUACGGUGAGAUUAAAAUACUGGCCGUUGGGUGGUCGCACCGUAGCACGACAGAUUGUACAUAAUUGUCAGCGAUGUUUCAGAGUUAAACCGAAAUCAAUCCAACAGUUGAUGGGGGAGUUGCCGGCAGCGCGAGUGACUGCCGCCCGCCCGUUUUCCAAAACUGGGGUGGACUAUUUCGGUCCUAUUUAUGUGCGCCCAGGACCUCGCCGCACAGCUGUGAAGGGCUAUGUUGCGGUGUUUGUUUGUAUGUGUACAAAGGCAGUGCACUUGGAGCUUGUGACAGACCUUUCUACGGAGUGUUUUCUGAAGGCAUUGCGUAGAUUCAUCGCGAGGAGAGGUAGAUGUUCGGAAAUAUUCUCGGACAAUGGUACGAAUUUCGUUGGAGCUCGAAACCAGUUGAAAUUGUUGUUCGAACUGGUACGUAGUAAGGAACACCAAGAGUGCGUGAUGAAGGAAUGUGCAAACGAAGGAAUUUAUUGGCACUUCAACCCACCGAGUGCUCCCCAUUUCGGUGGCUUAUGGGAAGCGGCAGUUAAAUCAGCUAAAUACCAUUUAGUGCGGGUUCUCGGGGAUCACGCUGCAUCUAUCGAAGACAUGAGCACUCUUCUGGCGCAAGUUGAAGGCUGUCUCAAUUCAAGACCGUUGACACCCAUGUCUGAUGACCCCAACGAUUUUGAGCCGCUGACACCAGGUCAUUUUUUAAUUGGAACAUCUCUGCAACAACUCUCAGAUCCAGAUUAUUCCACUAUUCCCAUGAAUCGACUCAGGCAUUGGCAGGUCACGCAAAAGAAGCUGCAGGAGUUUUGGAAGAGAUGGCACUUGGAGUACUUAGCCCAACUGCAAGGAAGAACCAAGCGUUGGCGUGCUGCAGUUCCGAUUACCGAAGGGCAGUUAGUCGUUAUACGGGAGGAAAACCUACCACCAAUUAAAUGGAAGCUGGGUAGAGUUCAAGAGGUGCAUCCUGGAGACGAUGGAGUCGUCAGGGUUGUCACGCUAAAAACUGCAGCUGGAAUUUUAAAAAAGACCCGUUGA